ACUUUAGUUGUUGACUACCAAGCAAGAGACAUCUUGCUACGCCCCACCUCCCUCGCCUGGGAAUCACUUUGCCAAGCCUCAUGACCCGACAAUAGGACCUCACCGACUUCUUACACAAAAAGGUUUGUGAUCAGCGACACACAAUCCGACACACCGACAGAGUAGGAGGGUGGGAAGCGGGUAUGGCAAGUGGGGUAGGAGCUGUCGGGGUGUGUACUAAUGCAAGCGUGUCGGAGGAGGAUCACGGACUCCUCAGCUCACAACACCAGUGGGCCUGUGUCACCACACACCAUGACAGCCACUUGUGUGACAGUUCUGGUGAUGGUCGCCUUGCUACCCUGGACAGCAUGUUCGCAGGACCAAGGGGGUCCAGUAAAUUCAACCUGUCUGGUGCGAGACUCAGGUGAAGAAAGAAAUUCGUCCGUUGUUACCUGUCAGUUCCCAACCGAAAUUUCAAACUUCCGCGUGGACUUGUAUCAUGAGAAUGGAAGCUCACGUGACCCUGUCAUCGUCUGCUCCCCAUGCCAUGUAGCAGAAGAGUUUUCUGGUCUCAUCACACUCCUGUUCCCUGACAACCAGACCGCAGACACGUGGUCAUUUGAAGUCCUCGGGUCACGUGACACAGCAGGCCGCUACACGUGUCAUGGCGGUCAAUGGCUGGAAACAUUUCAGUCCCUGCCGUGUAGUAUCCCGUUCACCCUGGAAGACACAGCCAGUAAUGCAGCUUCCAUUAACAUAACAAAAGAUAAUAGCAGAAGUUCCAAUGAAAUACUUCUUUGGAUCUUGAUUCCAACUUUAAAUAUCUUUCUUGUUGUCAGCUCCGUCACCAUCUUGUGCUGCUUCCUGUACAGGUGCAGGCUGCUGAUGUGCAUACGGGAGACAACAGCAUGCAAAGAGCAGUAUGCCUACCAAGCAGCUUCUAGAGGCUCAUUGUUGUGAGUUCCAGACUGUGUGAUGUGCUCACCAAGGGGAGAGCAACCGGUGACAUGAACAUUUUAAACAGUUAUCGUUCCUUGAGGUUUUCGUGUGCAGUCGAGGGUGUGUAAGCAGGAUGUAUGAUUGUUUUAAUAUCAUUGUCUUAUUUUUCACGAGACUUUAUGAAGUGUAAAGAACUUGAAGACAGCAGCUGUAGUGAAGUGUUGAGGUCAACACACCGCUGGGCGAAGGAAAGAAUGUUACUGUCGCCAUGGACAUUAUUCAGAUUCCACUGAAACACACUCACCCACAUGUGGUGGUGAAUACAUAAAAGAGUUACAAGAGAGAUAUUAUGUGUGUGUCUGUACGACAUCGGCAAUGUAGUGAGCUAGUUAGCUCGUGCUUGUAUCUGUGUGAGUGUGAGGAUUCUUGCUGUAAUACCGACAGUUACUUUUUCAUGUCUUCUCUCCUGUCACCUGCUUAUUAGUCUGAAUAUUGUGCAAUUAAAAAAAAACCCACGAGAAUUACUGGAGGACAGACAAACGGUCAUUAAAUCUGUUUGUGUGUCGUUCUAGAAGUCUACUAAUGCUCCUUAUUUCAGAAUACAAGCCUGUGUCAGUAAAGACACCACACAUAGAUAUCUCGAUGUAUAUCGUUUAGAGAAUCUGGAUGUAAAUAAAACAUUCCAUGCUCUGAAGCCUCUCAACUUAUAUCUUAAAUAAUUAAAAAAAAAGUAUAUAAGUAAAAGUAAAGUAAUAAAAUAUAACUUUAUUAUUACAAUUCAACAAAAGUUCAAUCAAUGUAAUAACUUAACUGUGAGUUUCUUCUUCUGUCUUCUUGACAGGUUACUCUUGUCGCUAGUGCUAUAUAGUGAUAGCGAUGUUUUUUGAUGUUUUAUAGCUCAGCUAUGAUUUUGAAAUUCUACUUAACCGGUAUGUUUAUAAAGAUUUCAGCAAACAACAAAUACUUAUUUAUCGAAAAAUGUA